AUGUUGACCGAGACAGCGGCGGUGAAGUUGAAACCGGAGGCGUUGUUGGAGGGAGAAAUGUCGGGGAGUGUUGCAGAGAGUUUGGCGAAGAGAUUGAGUGAGUGCGGAUUUGAAGCGAAGAAGAGGGUAUCGGGUAGUGGAGUAGCAGAAAACGUAAAAAUGUGGAAAGAUAUGAUUAAAAAGAAGGAGUUGAUCGUUAAGAGUAGGAAUAGUGUGCUUUUUGCGUGGACUUUGGUUGCUGUGCUGCAUAGUUCGUAUGUGAAGGGAGGCUUAGCUCUGGGAGCUCUUCUGGGACCAGGAAGAGACUUGCUUGUUGAUGGUUUAAGGGCGUUCAAGAAGGGAUCACCAAAUAUGAAUUCUCUUGUGGGAUUCGGAUCUGUUGCAUUUAUCAUCAGCGUGAUCUCACUUCUCAGCCCUGAGCUCGAAUGGGAUGCAUCUUUCUUUGAGUAA